UCGGGGAUCAACCGGCGCGCCAUACACACGCCUCACGCCCUCUCGCGGACUAUCCAAAGAUCGCGAUACUUUAUCUCUUAUCAUCAUAACACACUUAUAAAAAAUGAGACAUCGAAUUACCUCACGAGUGCCCAGAUAACACGGUACUUGUGAUAAGGCGUAAACGAUUUGAUUUAGUUGCAAUUUUGUUAGUCAUUUUAAAUACUAAGAAAAUUCGUGUUAUUUAUUAUUGCAAAACUUAAGUUAUCAGUAAGUGCAGUCAAAUGUUAUUGCUAGAUAUCUUAUUAAGACUGUAAACAAGUCGUUUCUUUGUCUAUCCAUGAAUAAACUGUUGUAGUAUUAACGAUGUUGAAAACAUUGAUAGUUUUUCCGCUAAUUUUACUGUGCAGUGUAAACUGUGAUCCGUGUAGGAGAAUUGAAAGUGUGAACAUUACAUAUGGUGAACAGUUUGAGAACAAUUCAAUUUUCUACGAUGGGGUGGAGUAUGCCGAAGGCUCGUGGUACGAAGUUGAAGAAAACAAUGAGACUGUCAGGCUUGGCUGUCCAUGUAUUGGACGUACAUGCCUCUGGAAGUGCUGCCAAAGCGGUCAACUCUUCAUCAAUGGACAAUGCACGGACUAUGACUUACAGGAAAUCAACCCCUUCAGUCCACAGAUAUUCAAAGACAGGGAAAGCCUGGACAUAAAAGCACAUGAGUAUUUCUUUUACAUGUACAACAAUAAGCUGUGUGAGUCUCGGUAUUUGGUGGAUUCGAUGUGGGGCGAAGGAAUUUAUAUUCAACAGAACGGCAGUAUGAUGGAGGACGUCGAGGGCCGCGUGCAGUGGCACAAGCCAGGCUAUUUCUGUGUGGACAUCAUGGUCACAGACAACAACAGUCGCCUUAUUGCUGGUCCGUGCCAUCCGCCUGAGGUCCCGAUCGACGACGACAGCAAGACGUUAUACGUCAUGUAUGCUUCAGGUCUCCUCCUAUCGGCUCCGUUCCUCCUGGUUACGUUCCUAGUAUACGCGUUCAUCCCAGAGCUGCGGAACCUUCACGGGAUGUGCCUCAUGGCGUACUGCGCGGGACUUAUCGUGGCUUACCCGUUUCUGGCGUACCUUAAGAUGCACAGCGGGACGGUGGGCGUGGGCAAGACAGGCUGUGUUGUGAUAGCUUUCAUCGUGUACUACGCUUUUCAAUCCAGCUUUUUCUGGCUCAACGUGAUGUGUUUUGACAUUUGGCGGACAUUCAGAUCGGCCACACCGAUUCCCUCCAGUACCGGAAACUCUCUGGGCUACCGAGGAGGCAGCAGUAAGAAGCGGCACGAGCAACGACGGUUCGCCAUGUAUGGACUGUACGCGUGGGGUGUACCAUUGGUGCUCACCGCUCUCACCGCCUUCAUGCAGUUCGGGCAACUGCCCAACUACAUCUUGAAGCCGGGACUGGGCGAUAUGAAGUGCUGGUUUGAAGAUUGGAAACGCGACCUCAUAUAUUUCUUCACACCAGUCCUGGUCUUGGUAUUGUGCAACACUAUCCUGUUCUCUGUGACUGCUCACCGCAUCCGCUCUAUCAAGCAGGAGACGGCCAUCUUGAAGAGCUCGGAGUCGGCCAGGAGCGAUCGUCUUAAGAAGGAUAAGCAAAGGUACGGCCUAUACCUGAAGCUGUUCAUGGUGAUGGGCGUGAACUGGUCGGUGGAGCUCAUCAGCUUCGCCGUGGGAGGCUCCAACUGGUACUGGGUCGUCGUGGACCUCUCCAACGUGAUGCUGGGGUUCUUCAUCUUCUUCAUCUUCGUGUGGAAGAAGAAGGUGCGCAACUUGGUCAGGAAAAGCUGGAACAACUUCUGCGGCACGAGGACAGUCGCAGACGGGCUUGGAAAAUGGGCAACCCGCACUAGUUCGGCACCGACCGAAGACACCCGAGUAUCGGCCGACGACACCGCCAUGCGGAUGAAAGAGCUCCACUAACUAUCACAGAACCGGACGACAUGCCGUUAUCAAAGCCAAAGAAUUCUCAGAAUAAAUUCACAUCUGUAGUUAUAGUUAAUUUAAGUUAAUUAAUUUUAAUUUAAGCUUUUUACAGCCUUUUUAUUAGUUAGGUAGGUACAUCAUGUUCACAAUGUCAACUGUUUCCAAAAAAAUAAGUAAAAUAGGAGCCACCUUUCCCUAUCUGUACAAUAAUACAGGCUUGAUUCCGAUUUUUCGGAUGUGCUCAUAAAUAUCUUUGACGACCGGUCUGGCCUAGUGGGUAGUGACCCUGCCUGCGAAGCCGAUGGUCCUGGGUUCGAAUCCCAGUAAGGGCAUUUAUUUGUAUGAUGAUACAGAUAUUUGUUCCUUAGUCAUGGGUGUUUUCUAUGUAUUUAAGUAUUUGUAUAUUAUAUACAUAUAUCGUUGUCUGAGUACCCACAACACAAGCCUUCUUGAGCUUACUGUGGGACUUAGUCAAUCUGUGUAAGAAUGUCCUAUAAUAUUUAUUUAUUUAUUUAUAUUUAUUUAUCUUAACACAAUUUAAACAAGGAAUUUGUGUGAGUAUUCUGAAAUUUUUAAGCACCUUAACCGUUGCGAUACCUCUGAUGGCAACUAUACAAUUGGUAGGUAAAGGUGGCUGGCUGUACCUAUCUUUAGUUUGAAAUAUUUUUUUUUCUAUAAUAACUAAGUAAUAUAAUUAUUUGAGCAGCCUGGAUAUAGGUGUAUAGCUUUAAAUAGCUUCUAAGAUAGGUACAGUUAUCAUGAGCAAUUUCAAGCUUUUCGAACACUUAAUACAGCGGUCGGCAACCUUUUUGCAGCCUAGGGCCACAUAGUAAACGAAGUUGCAGCGAGACGCACUUAGUUAAUAUUUGUGACUUUACCAGACUUCGUCAAUAUGUACAUACAAAUUAGCCAGGGAGAGUCGUGGACUACAAGCGAGAGGUUCGCGGGCCGCUCGUUGCCGAUCG